GAACAGUUCCGACUUUCUCAUAAAGUGAAUCAUGAGGGGAGUUGGUCAGUUGAAGUGAAAAAUAAGUUUGUGUUUAGUAUGCAUUAAUUCAGGAUAAGAACUCUUUUGCACGUACGUAAAUCGUACGUGUUUGAUACCAUUGGAUAUUUUGUAGCUGCUACAGUAAUAUAGCCUCAAGAAGGGGAAUUUUUAUCAUUUUCUACGUACCAUAAGAAAUAUAGGCGCGGUCUGUGAGUAGAUCAGUCUUUCAUCUGUAUUUACCUAAAACCUGAGUAUGGCUGCAAUUCGCAAGAAACUGGUGAUUGUGGGUGAUGGCGCUUGUGGUAAAACAUGCCUGUUGAUUGUAUUUAGCAAAGAUCAAUUUCCUGAAGUGUACGUGCCAACCGUUUUUGAAAACUACGUGGCAGAUAUCGAGGUGGAUGGCAAACAAGUGGAGCUGGCGCUGUGGGAUACUGCAGGGCAAGAAGAUUACGACAGGCUGCGGCCUUUGUCCUAUCCCGACACCGAUGUGAUUUUGAUGUGUUUCUCAAUCGACUCUCCAGAUUCACUAGAAAACAUCCCGGAGAAGUGGACGCCCGAAGUGAAACACUUCUGCCCCAAUGUCCCCAUCAUUCUGGUUGGCAACAAGAAAGACUUGCGAAAUGAUCCGAACACCAUCAAGGAACUGGGUAAAAUGAAGCAGGAGCCAGUGAAGCCGGAAGAAGGCCGGGCCAUGGCCGAAAAGAUCAAUGCUUUCGCAUACUUGGAGUGCUCUGCCAAGAGCAAAGAGGGUGUCCGUGAGGUGUUUGAAACAGCUACGCGUGCAGCUCUUCAGGUGAAGAAGAAGAAGCGUGGACGCUGCCAACUCCUAUGAACAGUCGCGGGCUUGUGCACCAAUCUACCAGGAGGAAUUUGGUUUCUUAGAGCAAAAUGCAUUGCUUUUCUAAAUCAUUAACAACACUGUUCCAAUGUAUGUUUCGAAGAGAAGUUAAACCCUUUAGCCAACGUGCUGGUGUGCAUUAUUGGCCGGCGUGUGUGCGGCGCGGCCGUUUCACCACAGCACAAGUGAACUGUCACGCCUUUGAUGAGCGGAAAAUAAUUUUUUUUUUUUGGAUCCGUAAUUUUGUCUCGUGAAACUUUUGACUGAUAACUGUAUUUGUGGUAGGGUGGUGGCUCCACGUCUUUAUAACUAUUGCUAAUAACAGUUAAAUACGCAACUUUAUAUACAGUAUUUUUUUUUUUCCUUCAGAUUAAUGGCUACGGUGCAGAUUUUCUGUGCUUCUGUUUGUGUAGUAGUUUUAUGGCUAGCAGACAAAAUAAUUGUCACUUUUACAAUGUCAAUUUUUUUGAGUACUAUCAGUCUUUGUUUCUAUUGAGAAUGUCAAGUACAUAUAAAUAUAUUGUUAGUAAGUACUGUAUUGCAAUUAUAUGCCAAGGUUAGUUUUGUGUAACGUGGUCUGUUUGUCGUCACUGGGACUUCCCACGUGCGACAGUAGAUACUAAUGUAUGAUGAGAUUUUUUUUUUUGGACUCUGGCCUACGCCUCUGUAAACAGUGUCAGAAUUUCCACAUAAUAAAGAUAAUUAAAUGA